AUGGCCCCGAAUCAUUUGCAUCCGGAGCCCUUUGGUCCAGGGGGCCAGGUCGGAACUUGCACGUGCGGGGGUGGGGCCGUGGGAAAGCCCCCAAAGGACCGAGGGGGCGGGGCCAAGGCCCUUUUUGGAGACGACGGUGUGAGGGAAGGAGGCAUCGGCGUGCAGCUGCAGGUAGGAGAUGGAAACCCUCGUGGGCCUUGUUUGCAGAGCCCGGGGGCUGCUUCUGAGCACGGGGGAGGUGCGUGUCCGGCUCCCUUCAACGUCUUAGCCGGAGGGCGAGGUUGUCGGGCCAGCGCCGCUGGUGCGGAUGCCCUUCGGGGACCCUCUGUCCCUGAGGGGCCGUCGCCGGCAGUCGGGCGCCCCCAGCGGGGUGACUUGGCUCCUGGGUCAGCGGGGCUGGCGCCUGGCCAGAAAGUCGCCCUGAGUUGGAGGGGGCCGUGGGGGGUGGGCGCUGGGCUUCAGAAUCUGGGGAACACCUGCUACGUGAACGCGGCGCUGCAGUGUCUGAGCCACACGCCGCCCCUGGCCAGCUGGCUGGUGUCCCGGCAGCACGCCACCCUCUGUCCGGCCGGCAGCUCCUGCACGCUCUGUGCCAUGCGAGCUCACGUGACCCGAGCCCUCCUUCACGCGGGAGAGGUGAUCCGGCCCCGCAAGGACCUGCUGGCGGGCUUCCACAGACACCAGCAGGAAGAUGCCCACGAGUUUCUGAUGUUCACUCUGAAUGGCAUGCAGCAAGGGUGCCUGAGUGCAUCCCAGCCGUCGGGCCACGCCUCCGAGGACACCAGCGUCGUCCGUCAGAUCUUCGGCGGGACGUGGAGGUCUCGGAUCCAGUGUCUCCACUGCCUCGGUGUCUCGGACACGUUCGACCCUCAUCUGGACGUCAGCCUGGAUAUCACGGCGGCUCAGAGUGUGGAGCAAGCUCUGAGAGAGCUGGUCAAGCCCGAGAAGCUGGAGGCGGAAAAUGCCUAUGACUGUGGCGUUUGUCUCCGGAAGGUGCCUGCCACCAAGAGGUUGACUUUGCACAGCACGUCCCAGGUCCUGGUGCUGGUGCUGAAGCGGUUCACACAGCUGAGCGGGGCCAAAAGGGCUCAGGAGGUGCGCUAUCCCCAGCGCCUGGACGUGCAGCCCUACACGUCUGAGGGGAAGGCAGGGCCACUGGGCUACGUGCUCUAUGCCGUGCUGGUGCACUCCGGGUGGAGCUGUGAGCGAGGACACUACUUUUGUUACGUCCGAGCCGGCAACGGCCAAUGGUAUAAGAUGGACGAUGCCAAGGUGACCGCCUGUGACGAGACUGCUGCCCUGAGCCAGAGCGCCUACGUCCUGUUCUACGCCCGGGAGGGUGCGUGGGAAGGGGGCGCUGGGGGAGGGGCAGCGGCCCCCCUCGGGGCUGACCCCGCAGACCCCGGGCAGCCUGCAGGAGACGCCAGCGGCAGAGCUCCUGGGUCGCAGGAGUCCCCGGGGGACACAGAGGCCGAAGGGAUGAGCUUAGAGCAGUGGAGACGCCUGCAAGAACACAACCGACCGAAGCCGGCCUUGGAGCUGCGCAAGAUCCAGGCUGCCCUGCCUGCCGGCGCAGUCGUGAUUCACCGGUCCAGACCCGGAGGAGGGAGAAACCGCCCGCGCCGCCCGCACAGGAGCACCACCGGCUCGACCGGCCCAGCACGGACACCCCGCCUCCGGGGCCGACGGACGUCGGCCACGGCCCUUGUGCCAGCGGGAGGGCCAGAGCGACCAAGGGGAGGAACAAGAAGCCGCGGCCAUCUCUGGGGCUGUGGCGGUAGGCCGGCUCUGAUGCACAUGCGUGCAGACGCCCAGGCACACUCUGCGUGCGGCCCGCCCUGGGACGCAGCAAGAGUGCCGACGAGGAGCGAGUUCCUCUCUGGCGCGGCCGCAUCUCCCUGGCUGGGGCUGCCGCUCGGCCGGCCGCUCCGGAAAGCCGCGCCCGCGGGGCAGGCGACGCGCACGGAGGGCCCAGGGCCGGGCGGGACCUGGGGUCCCGUCCCCGAAGGAGCUCCGGGCCCCUGGCCGCCGCUGGAACCCGGGAGUCUGGUGCGCCCCGAGAAGCCGGGAGGCGGCGAGGAGAGAGCGGGGCGGUCUCCGUGCCCCGGAGACGGUUCCGAUCCCCCACGGACGGGAGAUGCGGAGGACCCGGGGAUCCCGCCGGCGACACAGCGGAUCCUUCGCCGGGCUAAGGGCUUCCAACCGGCCGGGCUCGGCCCCGCGGGGGAGAAACUGCACCCGCUCCCCGCACGCGGCCACCGACGAGGCCUCGCGUCCCCGCCCGCUCGCCUCCCCGGGCCCGACCGCGGGUCUCCGGCCGCUUCGGGAACCGGGAGCGGAGGACCUGGAGAAGAGGCGCGCGGCACACCCGAGCUCGGUCGCGAGACCCAGGGCUCAGACGUGCGGCGCCCGGGCCCCUCUCCAGCAGAGGACCGGAUCGGGAAGCUCCGGGGCUGGGGAUCGCCGACGGCCGGGGAGGAAGGAGUCUCCCGGGGCUCCGGGCUCAGCAGCGCUGCUGCUUCUCAAGUGCUUCUUGAUGUCAGCGGGCCGAGCCGCCCUCUGCAGUCCUGCCACGCUGCUGUUAAUACGCUGCGCUUCUGUGUUGAAUGGACGCUGUAG